UCAACUAAGCGCAAGCAAGAAGAAUCUCUCAAACUUUGUGGCAACUAAUGGCGCCGCAAGGUAGCAUCUCGGUAGCAGCUGCAGCGCUGGUCCUGUUACUAGCGUUGGCGUUGCAGAUCUCGGUCUCGUCACUGUCAGCAGCGGCUGUGGUGGUUCCUCCUCCGCCGCCGGACAACUGCACCCGCAGCUGUGGCAAGGUGGCCGUGCCCUACCCCUUCGGCAUCGGUCCCGGCUGCUACUGGCCGGGCUUCAACCUCACCUGCGUCGACAACACGCUACUGAUCGGCGACGGCACCCUCCGCGUCGACCACAUCUGGGCACACAAUUCCACGGUGCGCGUCCUACGCGGCGGCGACAUCAAAGUGGAGGAGGAGGCCAACGGCACCGGCGCCUUCGGCGGCGGGCUCAGGGACGACGGGCCCUUCACACUGUCCGCCUACACCAACGAGCUCGUGGUGACCGGCUGCAACGUGGUGGCGACGCUGGUGGAGCAGCACACGAACCUGACCCGGAGCGGCUGCGCCUCCAUCUGCACUAACUCCGCGGACAGCAUGCAGUAUCCCAUCAGCCACAAGGCGUGCAGCUUCGGCAAGGGCUGCUGCCAGGAGGAGAUAAUCUCGCCCUUCGAGCGCAUGAACUUCGACGCGCGGCUCAAAUGGUUCGGGCAGAACCGCACGGUGGACGAGAUGUGGAAGACGACGCGCGUGUUUGUGGCGGAGAAGGGGUGGUACGAUAAGCAGCGGCUGGUCCUGGAAGAAGCGACGGAGGUUCCGGUUCAACUGGACUGGGUGGUCGAGGUUGCCGGGGAGCCGGCGGGUCGUCGCCCCGUUCCCGGUGAUGACUGCCCCUCGUAUGUCAACCGCGACGUCUGCAAGAGCAGGAACAGCAACUGCAUGCCGGGACGAGAGAGAGGCUACUCUUGCUCCUGUUACACAGGUCACGACGGCAACCCCUACGUCGCCGGCGACGGUGGAUGCAACGAUGUGGACGAGUGCAAGCGGCCAGAAGAAUACGGCUGUUUCGGCGAGUGCACCAACCUGCCGGGAACGUUCCGCUGCUGGUGCCCUCGGGGAACUCAUGGCAACCACACUGUACCAGGUGGUUGCAUCAAGUCCGCCACAGGUAGUAAAAGUUUUGUAGAGGUCACUAACGUGGUCGGAUCAUCUUCUUUGCCUGCAUGGGUUGUGUGGCUGGAUGACAUGGGAUGCGGAAGGAUAUGCCUUCUCGUCCCUUCUCUGGUGUUUGGUGUGUACCUCGAUCCGGUUGGAUAUAUAGGGCGAGGUGUUACCAUCGGAAUAGGAGUUGCUAGUGGCGUAGGAGCUAUUCUUUUGAUCCUCAUUGUAUUCGCCUUCACACAAAAGCUUAAGCACCAAAGAAAACAAAUGUUGAAGAAGAAGUUCUUUGAGCAGAAUCGUGGGCGACUAUUGCAACAAUUGGUAUCUCAAAGAGCUGAUAUUGCAGAAAGAAUGAUUAUAUCCUUGGAGGAGCUAGAGAAGGCAACAAACAAUUUUGACAAAACUCGCGAGCUUGGUGGUGGUGGACAUGGUACCGUCUACAAAGGGAUUUUAUCAGACCUCCAUGUUGUAGCUAUCAAGAAACCAAAGAUGGUGAUUCAGAAGGAGAUUGACGAGUUCAUCAAUGAGGUUGCUAUCCUAUCACAAAUAAACCAUAGAAAUGUUGUAAAACUUUAUGGUUGCUGCCUUGAAACAGAAGUACCAAUGUUGGUCUAUGAGUUCAUAUCCAAUGGAACUCUUUACAGUCAUUUGCACACACAUGAAGCAAAAUCAUUGUCAUGGGAUGAUAGGUUGCGAAUAGCAUCUGAGACAGCCAAGUCACUAGCCUAUCUACACAUGACAGUAUCAAUGCCUAUUAUACAUCGAGAUAUCAAGUCUGCUAACAUACUUCUGGAUGAUACUCUAGCAGCAAAGGUAGCAGAUUUUGGAGCAUCAAGAUAUGUUCCGGUGGAUAAAACAGGUGUAACAACCGUAGUACAAGGCACAAGAGGAUAUUUGGACCCUAUGUAUCUUAGCACAGGGAGGCUCACAGAGAAAAGUGAUGUUUACAGCUUUGGUGUCAUGCUUCUAGAGUUGUUAACUACAAAGAAGCCAUUCUCAUAUUUGUCUUCUGAAGGAGAUAGCCUUGUUGGACAUUUUACCACCUUGUUUGCAGAAGGCAAUUUGCCACAGAUACUAGAUCCUCAAGUCAUGGAUGGAGGAGGCCAAGAAGUAGAAGAAGUAGCUAAGCUUGCGUUAGCAUGCCUAAAAUUAACAGCAGAGGGUCGUCCAACAAUGAGACAUGUGGAAUUGACACUGGAAUGUAUUCAAGCAUCCAGGAGGAAUGUUUCAGAUAGUGGGUUGGCUGAGAUAUCUGAGGAGGAUGGUACUGCAAUGAGUGGCCCAAUUCCAGCAAGUUUUUCAAAUAUAAAAGAAUCAAGCAGACAAUAUAGCAUGGAAGAAGAGUUCUUGCUAUCCUCAAGAUAUCCUCGGUAGUUUUAUUUAAAAAUGAUUAAAUAAUAAUGUAGCCCUUUCUUUGUUUCUAUGGAUUUAUUUGUAUCAUCUGUCCUUGUGAAUAACAUGUACCACGUAUUGACUAAUCACUUUCACAUUGUUCACUUGACCUGCACGUCGAUUCAGUAUGGAAUUCCCUGCAAAUUCAUUAGGAGUUGGGAUGCAGAAUAUA